AUGAGUCACUAAGGAGUACUGUCAACAAAAUAAUAAGAAGCAGCUUUCUUGAAAAUACUUAAAAAAUAAUGCAAUUUGAUAUGUGCAGAUUGCUCUUCAAAAUCGCCUACUUGGGCAUCUCUAGAUUUUGGUGUUUUUGUGUGCUAUAAUUGCUCAGGUAUUACAAUAAAAUUUAUUCAUUUAGGAUAACAUAGAGCAUUAGGAUAAAAUAUAACUAGAGUAAGAUCAACAAAAUUAGAUUGUUGGACAUAAGAAAACGUUGAUAUGAUGGAUGCAUUGGGAAAUGACUAGAAUGAGUAAGUUAAUUGUCAAUAAAAAUAGGUAUUGGGAAAGUAGAUUAUAAAAAAGUAAUAAGAUCCAACCUUCUGCCACUCCAGAAGAAAUUAAACUAUUUGUUUAAGAAAAGUAUGUCAAGAGAACUUGGGUAAAGUAGGGUCAGGCUGAUCCAAAAACACGAUAUACCUAAUGUCUAAUGAGUGGGGUACCUUUCAGAGUUGUAAAAACUAACACCUUUUUUAGUGAAAAUGGAACUCAAGGUUAAUAGGUAAAAGAUGAUAUGAAACAAUUUCAUUCUACGCAACAAUAAGGAAUUCAAAGGAAUAAUAGGUAACUUAGUAUAGAUUCUAAAUAAACAUAAAAAGAAGCUAAUCUUAUUUCACCAGAUAAAGGGAAUCAAUUUGAUUGGAAUUCAUUUAAUCAUUUUUCUACUUUUUCUGGUUUCCCUAAUAAUCACACAUAUUAAACUAAUUAAUUAGAAAUAUAACCUAAAAAAUAAUAAUAGAAUGAGGAUCAAUCUCCAAGUUUUAAACCAAAGAACAAUAACUUAAAUGAGUUUGAUUUACUAACUUAUUCAACAUUGGCAGAUAAUUAAUAAUUUAUGUCAUAUAAUCCAACACAUUAAUCAACUUAAUAAUAAUAAAUUCAUUAAUAAUUUAAUACUCAUAAUCCAUAAGUAAAUGUAGAAACUUAAUAAUCAUGGUCAUAAGCAUAGAAAUAGGCCUAAAUAUAAUCAUAAUAAUAAUAAGCUAAUUAAUAAUAAACUAAUUUAUAAGGUAAUAAAACAUAGCAAAAUCAUUAAUUAUUAAACUUUGGAAAUAAUGUUUUCGGUUCUAAUAAUUAAUAAUUGGGAUGGAUAUAAUAAUAACCAUAAUAAUAAUAAUAAUAAUAAUAAUAAUAAUAAUAAUAAUAAUAUAAUUAAGCAAGUAGUAAACCUCCUUUACCUGGAAGAUAAAAUGGUUAAGUUAAUUAUCAAAAUAUAAAUUUCACUUAAUAAUAGUAAUAAUAAUAAUAAUAGUAAUAAAUUAGUAAUUAAAUUAAUUAUUAGACAAAUACACUACCAUAAUAGCCUUAAUUAUAGUAAUAAUUAGCUAAUUAAUAAUAAUCAACAAAAUUUUAAUAAUAAUAAUAUCAAUAUAUGAAUCAAAACUAAUAAAAUUUUGGAUUUGACAAUCAAAUUAAUAAUAAUUUGUCAAACAAUAAUUAAUUAAUUUAUUAAGGAUUUGAUAAUAUAUCAUUUCCUAUAAAUUAAGGAAGUCAUAAUAAUAAUAUUAAUAAUAGUAACUAAUAAUAUCAUCAAUUUAAUACAACAAACUAAAAGUAUUAAAAUAAUCCAUUUGUAAAAGAUGCAUAAGAUAUAAGAAACCUCUAUAAUACUCAAUAGCCUAGUAAGUACGAUUAGUUGAGAAACAAUCCAUUUGUUUGA